AUGUCCGGCAAAUCCAACUCCAGCGGCGGCGGCGGCUCCGGCUCCUCCAGCAACUACACGCCCUACACCACCACCGGUAGUGGCACGAACAGCCAGGGGAAUAGCUACGACACCCGUAGUCAACCCUCCGGGUCCGCGUACCACUACAGCAACACCAACGGGAGCUAUUACUACUCCAACGGCGACCAGUCGACGUACUACGACGACGGGAAGGGGUCCGCUUCGUACACGGCGCCCAGUGGGAAUGUGUACAAGAAGUGA